AUGGACACCGACGACCGCGAGCCGCAGCAGCCGCAGCAGCGUGCGCGCUCGCGCAGCCGCGAGCGUUCGCGCAGCCGCGACCGCUCGGAGCGCGACGACCGCCGCGGCAGCGAGCCGCACCGCCCGGCGCCGCACCACGGCCACGGCCACGGUGGCGGCCGCGGCGCGUUCGUCAACCCGAUGCAGAAGGCCAUGUCGCGCGAGGUGGCGGCCAACGAGGCGGCCAAGCGCAGCAGGAAAGAGUGCAGGGUCUACGUCGGCAACCUCGCGUUCGGCGUCAAGUGGAACGACCUCAAGGACUUUAUGCGCGAGGCUGGCAACGUCGUCUUCUCCGAGAUCCUCCUCCUGCCCAACGGCAUGUCCAAGGGCUGCGGCGUCGUCGAGUUCAGCCAGCCGGAAGAGGCGCAGCGCGCCAUCCGCGAGCUGAACGACCAGCAGCUGCUCGGCCGCCCCGUCUUUGUCCGCGAGGACCGCGAGGAGUCGGCCAAGUACGGCGCGGCGGCCAUCUCGGGCCGCGCGGGCUACAUGGGCCCGGGCGCGUUUGCCGGCGGCGCUCGUGGAGGGUUCGGCGGUGGCUUCGGCGGCCGGGGCGGGUUCGGCGGCGUUGCUCCUGGGUUCGGCGGGCCUGUUGCCGGUGGCGGAUCGGGACGGCACCUUUUCGUCCAGGGCCUCCCCUUCACGGUUGGCUGGCAGGACCUCAAGGACCUGUUCCGCGCGGCGGGCAGCAUCAUCCGCGCCGACGUCAAGAUGAACCCGGACGGCUCGCACUCGGGCACGGGCACCGUCAUCUACGAGACGCAGCAGGACGCUCAAACGGCCAUCGACAUGUACAACGGCUUCCCGCUCGACGUCGGCGGGCAGCAGUCGGUCCUCGAGGUCCGCCACGACCGCUUCCCGCUCGCGUUCGCCGGCGGUGCGCGCGGCGGCUUUGGCGGCGCCCGCGGUGGGUUCGGCGGCGGAUUCGGCGGGCGCGGCGGGUUCGGCGGCGCGGCCCCGUUCGGCGGCGGCAUGGCCCCGGGCUUUGGGGCGCCGGGAGUGUACGGCGCGUACGGUGCGGCGGCGGCGGGAGGUGGGUUUGGCGCCGGCGGGUUCGGCGCGCAGGGCAUGGGCGGCGGGUUUGCGGGCUUGCCGACGGGCCCGGCGGCGGGCGUGGCCCACAUGCUGCCGCCGUCGCACCAGCUCUUUGUCCGCAACCUUCCCUGGUCGACCUCGAACGAGGACCUCGUCGAGCUGUUCGCGACGUGCGGCACGGUCACCAACGCCGAGGUCCUGUUCGAGCACGGGCGCAGCAAGGGCUCGGGCGUCGUCGAGCUCGGCAGCGUCGACGAGGCGACGACGGCCAAGGAGCGCUUCAACGGCUACCUGUACGGCGGCCGCCCGCUCGCCAUCGACUACAACCAGCGCCCGCACGCCUUUGCGGCCGUCGUCGCCGCUCCCGUCGCCGACUACGGCGAGGCCGGCCUCGACGGCGUCGCGCCCGUCUGA